AUGUGCAACACCAGCUGCCCCUCGGGCUGCCAGCCAACCUGCUGCGUGUCCAGCCCCUGCCAGGCGUCCUGCUGCGUGCCCGUGAGCUGCCAGCCAACCUGCUGCAUGUCCAGCCCCUGCCAGGCAUCUUGCUGUGUGCCCGUGAGCUGCAGACCUGCUGUGUGUGUCCCUGUGAGAUGCCAAGUGGCCUGCUGCAUGCCUAUAAGCUGCAGGCCCACUGUGUGUGUGGCUCCCUCCUGCCAGUCCUGUGUGUGUGUGCCCGUGAGCUGCCGGCCUGCAUGUGUGUCCUCCUGCCAAUCCUCUGGGUGCUGCCAGCCUUCUUGCCCCACCUUGGUCUGCAGACCUGUCACCUGUGGCACCCCUACCUGCUGCUGA